AUGCCUCUUCCAGAACUAGGCGACAGCUUGAAAAGCUACUCGUGCUUGACCUGUCGCCAGCGCAAAGUCAGAUGCGAUCGUCGCACGCCCUGCUCUAAUUGCACCAAGGCAGAAAAGCAAUGCAGUUUUGUUCCUCCAGUUCGGGGCAAACGGAAAAUAACAAAGCCGCCGAGAGAAGGCCUCCAUGCGAAACUGAAACGAUACGAAGAGCUGUUGCGCUCAUAUGGCGUCAAAGUCGAACCGUCUGAGGAUGGGGAAGAAUCAGAGUCCGAAGUCGCAUCACAGCUUGAUACUGAGAUGAACGAUGCCGUCGAACCUCAAAGCAAACCACUCGAGAUUGACGAGGCCAAUCCAAAGCUCAUAACCAAAGAGGGCAGCUCGAGAUAUUUUGAUAGUGCACCGUGGUCAAAGUUAGGUGAAGAAUUUCAACAUCCGGAGGUAGGAGACAUUGGUGAGCCAAUGGCAGAGUCAAAUGCUCAAGAAAGUGGCAUUUUUUUCGAGCCUGAAAGUAAUUACAAAUUGGAAAACUUGUCGAGCCUCCACCCUUCGUUCCAGACCCUACCGAGAUUAAGAGAAAUAUAUGCCGAUCGAGUGGACCCUUGGAUUAAGAUCCUGCAUCUUCCGACUUUUUGGGCUGUGUUAACGGAGGGGCUGCGACAUCCUUACGACAUGCCUAAAAGCGUGGAGGCGGCAAUAUUUGCUUUCUAUCUCGCUACUGUUAGCGCUCUAUCAGAAGAUGAGUGUCAAGAAGUAUUUGGGACACAGAAAGCGGUUAUGUAUUCUCGUUAUAGGGCUGCGACUCGCCAAGCGUUGGUGAAUGCUGGAUUCUUAUCAACAUCUAGCCCGAUGACUCUUCGGGCAUAUAGUCUCUUCAUAAUGAGCGUUAGAAAAAGUUAUCGAGUCGAUACCCUGUUUAUUUUGUCAGGAGUCGCUAUAAGACUUGCACGCAAAAUGGGGCUUCACCGAGAUGGCACGUCUCUUGGACUAUCUGCGUUUGAUACAGAAAUGCGGAGGCGACUUUGGUGGUAUCUUGUUCAUGUGGACUUUCGCACUGCUGACGUGCUAGGCACCCGGCCUUCUAUGGACCUUUCUUCAGGCGACACCAAAGUACCCCUGAAUGUCGAGGAUGAGGAUCUCGACCCAGAUAUGGUGGAUCUGCCAUCAGAGAGAACCGGAAUUACCUCAAUAACUCUCUGUUUGAUUCAGUGCGAAACUAUGGAGACUCUCCGUAGAUUCUCCACGGCUUCUGGCGAUGUCCGUUGGGAAGUUCUCUUUAGCCCAGACGUGAGCGUCGCCAAGAAGGAAAUCAUCAUUAAUCAGAUUGAAGAUCAUCUUGAAAGGAAAUAUUUGCGGUACUGCGACCCGUCGGAAUCGCUUCAUACCAUGGCGUCGAUCAUGAUCAGGUCGUCAAUAUGCAAGAUGAAGCUUUUUGCUCAUAGCCGUCGACAGUUCGCCAAAAUCACCGCCGAAACUUCACAGCGCGAGCGCAACAUAGUGUUUGAAAAUGCUACCAAACUAUUAGAAUAUAUAGCUUUGCUGAAGGGAGGCCAACAUGGGUUGGAGAAGUACAUGUGGCAGAUUGGGACAAGUUAUCUCUGGAACACGAUUCUUUACGUGCUUAUCGAAACCCGACACCGCAAAACAGGGCCCGAAGUAGACCGAUCCUGGCGAUUGAUUGGAGCAGUCCUAUCACACUACCCCCAGGUGUUCGAAAAAUCCACCGGGGCUGUAUACACUGCCCUGGGCAAAUGGAUUCUAGAAGUCUGGGAUCAUUAUGUCGCUGCUUCAAAGGCAGAAGGCCUCUCAGAACCAUCAACCCCUGAAUACGUCAGUGCGAUCCGUCGGUGUCGGAGACCAGAAAUGGAUGUUUCACCUUCAGACAAUCCAGUGUUAGAUGCCAGACCUACCACGGAGGGUUCGCUCAGCUACGGCAGUGUCUCAUCUCAGAAAUAUGAGCCAAAUCUGCCUGAUUUGGCACCAUUCGAAUCCUAUGAUUUUCCGGAUCUCCUCUCCUUUGAGAUGAACCCGAAUGAUUGGGAGCAAUGGGAGCAGCUGAUUGCAAAGCACGAAUUCGCUCACGUUGACGGCAUGUAA